AUGGAUGAAUCGGACGAUCGAAUUCCUGUAGUUCUGAAGUAUAGAGGAACAGGUAAAGACGUCUCACUAGCUGCAUCUUUUAUAAAUAAUUGGGAGGAAAAAGUACAGGCAUAUUUGGAUAAAGGUUACGGAGUAAAACUCCAUCGAAGUGGAAAUGACUUAUACACAAUUCAAAAGGUUCCUAAAAAGGGCAAUCACCAUUACAAGUUCUAUGUGGACGGUGAGUGGAAAGCCGAUCCAACCCAGCCCACAGACGAGAUUGAUGGUUUCAAGAACAAUGUUAUUAGCCUCGACAAUUUCGUGACGUACGAAAUGGAGGAGAAGCAGGAGGAGGAGCGAGCUCGCCAGGAGAUUGAAAUGAAAUACCGCCAGGCGAAGCAGCCCCCGUCCUACGACAAUUUCACAGGCGAACCUCCGGGUCUUCCCCCGUAUUUGCGUCAAAUCAUUCUAAAUCGCCCCCCGGUAAACAGCAUUCCCACGCACUUGGAGACGCCAAACCACGUUUCUGUGAACCAUUUGUUUUGCAGGUCUUUGGAGAAUGGCAUGGUGAUCACGGCAUCCACGACGCGCUACCGCGAGAAGUUCGUUACGACGCUUUAUUACAACUACAAUCCGAAGAAGAAGGACUAA